CAGUUGCAGUGGCAGUGAAGGUGGAGAACCUCCUUCUUUGCACUGCCUACCCUGGAAGCUGCUCAGCAGCCAACCGCGUCAACACAGCCGGAUACAGCAUGUGAGACCCUCCUGAGCACGGUGGUUACACCAGGUGCAGCUGCUGUAAGGAAGUAAAAGAAACAUUUUCUGAAACUGGGAAGCUGUUGUAGAGGAAGAUGGAAAACCCACUUCUUUUGUUUCCCCAGUUGAACAUUUCUACUUCAAAGGAUAAAUCGUAUUACAAAGUCAUGAAAUCAACAAUUAAAGAAGAGCCACAUAAAGCAAGCAAGCCUGGAGCUAAGCAGAAGAGAAAUAGGCUGAGCCUUCUCCUGCAGAAAUCAGAAUUCCAUGAAGGUGAUCAUCUUGGUAAACCUGGAACCUUGACAAAAACAACAAGCAGUGUGUCUCCUGAAGAAGCAGUGAAAUGGGGAGAAUCUUUUGACAAACUGCUUUCUGAGAAAGCUGGAUUGGAUGCCUUUACAAAGUUUCUGAAAACUGAGUUCAGUGAGGAGAACAUUGAGUUCUGGAUGGCUUGCGAGGAUUACAAGAAAAGCAAAACUGCACAUGAACUUUUGCCAAAAGCUAAGACUAUUUAUGAAACGUUCAUACAAAAAGAUGCUCCAAAAGAGGUGAAUUUGGACUUUCAAACCAAAGAAGUCACAAGCCAGAAUAUCGAACAGCCCAUCAUCACCACUUUUGACGCAGCACAAAACACAGUCUACAGGCUGAUGGAACAAGACAGUUACCCACGCUUCCUAAGAUCUGAUCCCUAUUUAAAUUUGGUUAAGGGGAGAAAUCCCAGUCGUCCCACCCUUAGAAGAAGAUCACGAUCUUUUACUAUCAAUGAUUUCCAGGGUGUACGACCAGACUUUACCAUUUGGUAACAGGGAAACUCAUCCCUCAUCAAUUCUAUAGCAAUUGCAGCAACUCAUGUGUUUUAAAACCCAAAUCCUUAGCAGGUGUAAAUGAGUGGCAAGCAAUGUUACAUGCACUUACAUCAGGUCAGAGUUCUGUAGCCGGUGAUUAAUCUCAUUUGUGAUAGAGAAAGUGGCAACAUAUGUAAAGUUUUCAUGUUGUAUUGUUUUCAAACUCAAUUAAGAGCUUGAAGGAAAAUUUGAGCAUAACAAUGUAGUAUAAAAUGCCAUUUGAUAAUAUUCACUGUGUAUCCUGGGCCAGUAUUAUUUAGGACAGAGCUUCAUCACAGUUAGAAUUUAUCUACCCAGCCUUUGCACAUAUUUAUGUUUCUGCAGUAUGUCCUACACUAAGCACAGAGUAUUUGUGGUAUUUUUUCAUACUGCAAAACACAUAGGAACAUUACUAGGUAUAAUGUAAAGCUACAUGGAUUUUAACUACAGCCACUGCAUAAUAAAAAUUUAGCUAUUGCAUAUUUUAAGCGGAACAUAAGAAUUCCUGUUUAAUUUUUUGGGGUACAUUUGGUACUGUUUUCUUAUUACACACAUCUGUUCUCUAUAUUUAAAUUAUGCUGUAUAGAUUAGCUUUGCUGUCAAAUAUUCCAAUUUUCUGCAGCCAAAUGGGCACCCACAAAGGGCCAAGAAUGUUACUUUAACACAACGUGUGUCAUUAAAUAUGAGGUCAACUGUAUACAUAUACAUAGAAAAUAUUUCUGCUUCUUUUUGUAAAUAUUUACGUCAUCCCAACUUUGUUAUUAAACUUUGUUGUUCUUUUCCCCCUGCAUUUUAUUUUGAAAAUAAUCUGAAAACUAACAGCUCUUGGACUUGGGUAGAAUAACCUUUGUUGCCACUGCUCAUUAGUAUACUCUCUGUGGCUAUAAAGGAGGAAUGAGAAAUCUUCCCUUUUAUUUCUUUACUGUUGAAGUCACCCAUUGCGUUUUGUAAUCAGUACACACAGGUAUCCUGUCCCUUUCUUUCAGAACUGAUGCAGACAUACUUUCUUGAAGCACAAAGCAUUUCUUAAAAUCUUAAACACUGGCUCGUUUUAGCAAGUGGCUGCAGCGGUCGUUAACUAUGACUUGUAUACUCAGUCACUUUGCAUGGAAUUUAAGCUUUUCCCCAUUUCCUCCUUUUGGAACUGGCCAAAGUGAAGAGGUGCAGUUCCUGAGAUGGAACUUUAUGUCUGUUACUAAUUCAAGGUAUAUGUGAACUGCUUGAUCUGAGGGUUUUCAUGUCUGCUUCACUAACUUUCAAUAAAUCUGAAGUGAUCUACUUAAAAA